AUGGGUACCUUGGGUCUCAGCCUCUCCCCAUGCAGCGUCCCGGGGUCCAAGCCCACCUUCCAGCUGGCUGACGACGAGAUGGAGCUGGGUUUGGGGAUCCACGGCGAGGCGGGUGUGCGCAGGAUGAAGGUGAGCGGAAUCCCGCUGAUGCUGCCGGCGGACGAGGCGGUGGAGACGAUGCUGGCGCACAUGACGGACCCCUCCAACGCCUCCCGCUUGCCGCUGAGCCCUGGAGCCUCUGUGGUGCUGGUGGUCAACAACCUGGGUGGGUUGUCCUGCCUGGAGCUGGCCAUCGUGGCCGGCGCAGCCGUGCGCCACCUGGAGAGCCGAGGUGUCCGCAUCGCCAGGGCCUUGGUGGGCUCCUUCAUGACGGCGCUGGAGAUGGCCGGGGUGUCCCUCACCCUCAUGUUGGUGGAUGAGGAGCUCGUGGGGCUGAUCGAUGCUGAGACCACGGCCAUGGCUUGGCCCAACCUGGCCGCGGCACCUGCGACGAGCCAGAGAGAGGAGGUGCCGGCACCGAAGGAGGGACCAGGGACCGCGCAGAGUGAGACCAGCGCAGGACCCGGCGCAGCGCGGGCGCAGCUGGUCCUGGAACGGGUGUGCAGCACCCUGCUCGACAUGCAGGACAAACUCAAUGAGCUGGACCGCGCGGCGGGUGACGGGGACUGCGGCCACACGCACGCCCGGGCUGCCCGAGGCUCCGACAGCUCCGGCCACCGCGCUGAAAGAUGGCAGUGUGCAGACCGGGGAGGGCUCAAGGGCAGCCAGUUUGGCACAGAUCGAAGUCCAGGCGCAAGGAGCCAGCUGGACCCAGCAGGAACUGGCAAGCAGAGGCCCGAGGAUGCAGGCAGGAGCAUCACGCUGCGGCUGCCCUCAUCCUACGGCAGGCAGGAGGCCAAGGCCGGGCCACGAAAGAGGCAAAGAGACGUCCUCACCGCAGCACAUCUCUGCCGUAAGGGAGCUGAGCCCGUUCCUCCCGCGGGCAGAUGA